UAAAUUUGCUUGCAUGUAAUGUUGAGACUUUUUAAAGAAAUUAAUUUUGGCACUCUUUAAGGAAAGGAAUUAUUUUCCUUCAACAUGUGUACUUCUCAUAGAAAAAGAAUUAGCCCUUCCUGUAGAACACUGUCAUCCCAUGAGGCUCCAGCAAAGAUGCGUGGUGGGAAACGACAUCUAAAUAUAAAUUCCUGCAGGAAUUAUCACUCCUCAUAGUCCCCAGAUGACUCCAUUUUUGCUGGGGCCAUCUCCUAUUUGCCAUUCCUUUUCACAAAUUCAUCUUUUCCCAAAGGGAAAAAGAAUGGAUAGUCCCGGACAGUCCAUUGUUCCUUCUCCGUGUUAAGGCCAGAUAUUCAUAGAGAAUUCCCUUGAGGUUUACAAAGUGUUCCACAGUGAGAGCUAAGGGGUGCACUUAACUGUGUUUUUGAGAACUUCAAUAAGAGUGCUCAUUUGUGGUGGAGGUGGAUCCAUGACCUACACUGUGCCUCUCUGUUUAUCUAGGUCUGAGUUUUAGGGAUGCUCAGCUACCUUUUAUUCAGUCAUCUAUUAAUUGAUGGUGUUGGAUGUUUCUUUUACUAGAUUUUCAUUCUACUUGUGCUAAUGUGAAGUAGUGCUAAUGCGUACUUAUGCAACUGAAAACCCCUCCCAAAAGUGAAAAAUUAAACUGCAAAUACACGGAAUCCGCAUGAAUCAAAAAAGUCAGUCCACUGUAGGAUACACAGGUUGCUGUCAGACCAAUUGGAAUUCAUUUCAAUAGGUUUCUCCAACCUCCCUCUGUGUGUGUGUGUGUGUGUGUGUGUGUGUGUGUGUGUGUGUUUGUAGACAUUGUUUUAUAAGCGAGUGCAGCUAAAGUGCCAGUCUGGUUUUAUAUAAACAAACAUGCACACACAUGCAGAAACCUGGAAGCGCGAUCAAGUGGCAGUAAAUUUUUGACAAAUUUUAUCCAAAGUACACCAACACAUCAGUCCUCAGCUAUGGUCACAAAAACACCAAAGUGGCACCACACAUAAACAUGAAAGUACACUUCUGAAAAUGUUUGUAAUUACUGGAGAAUGAUAUUGGAAAUUAUGGGAUUCGGGAAUGUGUCUAGUUUAUUAGCUAAUUCUAUUCAUAUCUACUAUUUAUUUAUCUGAUUGGCACACACUUAUAGUACCCAGUGAAUAUGUGAAAACCAUAGAACAAAACUGCAGAACCACACAAUAAUUUUAUGUAUGGACAUGCAUAGAUAUACUUUCUAAAAUAUUUAAAUAAAACAUCAGAUGAAAUAUUAAAUGGGUUGUGUGUAUAUUUUAUUUGUUGUUGAUUGUUGUGUGUAUAUUUUGUUAGGUUUUGUGUAUUUUGAAGAGGUAUUUACACAGAUAGACAAUAUUCACUGAGUGAGAGACCUUGCCUGCAGCCUGCAUUUCUCACUGUGGGCAUUUUUUAUGUGUGUUUAGAGCACCAAGUUCAUGUACUGAUUUUGUAUUCUGUGCAACAAGGUAGUAGACAGAUGAUCUUGCAAAGACCAUUUCUUUGGUCUUUCUGUAUGUGAUUCCCAAAGAAAACUUGGCAUCUAACAAGAUGAACAGUUGAGAGAAAGGGAAGGCAGGCAUGCACUGUAAUCUCCCAAGUGCAUCAAACAUAGAUUUGGGGCUAUUACUUUUUCUGCUAGAGUGAAUUUUGAACGUAGGUCUCCUGAGAGACAUACUGUAGGGUGAAUUCCAAAGUAUCUGCCACAGAAUUCUUAUAACCAAGGGAGUUUCAAAGAAAAAUAGUAACCCCAUUGACUAGGGAAAUACACUAUUAACAGAUUGAUUCCCACAGGCCUGACGGAGUACUCAGUUUCCAAAGCAUGAUUUGGCUUUGUGAACAAAAUGGCACUCUUGUGCCAUACCAUGAUAGCAACACAUUUGUUGGAGUUAGCAUUUUAUGACGUGUACACCUUUUCACAUUUCUUCAUUCCAGUACAUGUGAGCUGCUUCGAUUUAUGAAGGAAUUAGGUAUACGCAUACAAUUAAUUGUGAAGGAUUCCAUUAACAUAUAUGGCACAUCCAAUUCACCACAGGUAUGCAGAACAGGUCCAUGGUGAGUCCAGAAUGGUAUGUACUUCCAAACUACAUGGCUGAUCUUUGGCUUAUGCUGCUGGAAUAUGCCAAGGAAAAUUGUUCUGCCAGAGAUGCUCAUGGUAUAUUUGGCAACUGCAAGAGCAUGAUUUUGGUUUGCAGGUGUCUUCACUGUGCAGAUCAUUCAACUAGUUUGGGAUGUUAUUUGCGAUAGUGGUGAUGCUCAAGCUAACUCUAGUUAAUAUUACACAGAAGAAGGAUGUAGUAACUCACUUAUGAAUUUUCUUAUCUUGAAAACCUUAUAAAGAAGCAAUCCAAAAUGAAACAAGAGAUAGGGCCAGAACAUAAGACCCCUAAGUUGGUCUUAUGACCCCUAAGUUCACUUUAUGAGCUACUGGGGAAGGGCAAAGGACAAAUACUAGUAGUAUUGGAGCUCAUAAAACUACUAGAUCAAAACCAAAAAAAAGUUUAGUGGCCAACAUGCACAGAGGUGGAAGGAAAUUAUGUACAACGUAUACUAUUGGGACAUGGAAUCUGAAUCGGGCAAACUGGAAAUCAUAAAGCAGGAAAUGGAAUGAAUGAAUUUUGCAGUACUUGGUGUGAAUGAACUAAAGUGAGCUGGAGUGGGACAUUUCCAGACAAACAUAUACCAAAUGUUUUACUCCAGAAAUGAUAAACUCAGAAAAAAUGGAGUGGCUGUAAUACUAAGGAAAGAUGUAGCAAGGCAGUAAGAGAUUAUAGUCCAAAAUCCAGCUGUAUAAUAUCAACCAGAAUUAGUGGAAAACCUAUCAAAGUAAUGUUCAAGUCUCUUGUCCAAAAGUUUGGCCUAGGGGUAAGAAAUGAAGCAAGGGAACCGCUCAUAGAAUUUUGUGAAGCCAACAUCCUGUUCAUUGAAAAUGCAUACUUCAAGCUACCACUCAGAUAAUUGUAUACAUGGACUUCAUCAUAUGGCCACUACAGAAAUCAAAUAGUUAUGUAAUUGGAAGCAGAAGUAAAAAGGCUCUAUUCUUCUCUGAUCAAAACAAGACCAGAAGCAGACUGCAGAAGUGAACAUCAACUUUGAAUUUCAAAUCAGACUUAAACUAAAAAAGAUCACCAACAGAAACAGUGCCAAAAUAUAACUUAAGUAAUAUCCCUGAAGUCCACAUAAAGAAUAGAUUUGCAUUGCUCAACUUAACUGACCACAAGCCAGAAGAACCGUAGACUAAAACAUUAUUAGGGAAGGAUGCCAAAAGACAAUUCCUGGAGCACAAGAAAGAAGAAGCCUAUAAGAAUGGCAGAGGAAACACAGUUGCAAAGGACAGGCAAGAAGCAAAAGGUGUCAGAAAUAGGGUCAGAUUCCUGAAUGCAACUUUUCAGAGACU